AUGUCCGAACCGUCUCUCCAACUCGAGGGCACAUUGUCAUCGGUGUCUAGCCAACGGGAUGAGGAAGUACAAUCCAUAUCACGCGAAGAUCCACGUAGUUGGUCUGUUUGGAAGAAAACCAUUCAAAUCCUAAUGAUCGCUUUCCAUUCAAUGGUAGCGGCUUUCAUGGCUGGAGGAAUCAUUCCAGAGUUCGACACUAUGGUCAAAGAGUAUAACGUGACAGUGCCAGAGGCGAGCUAUCUCACAUCGAUACAAGUCGGUAUUCUCAUUCCCGCUAUACCCAUAUGGCAAAUCAAGACACAGAUGCUGAUACAUGCUGCAUGA